AUGGUGGAGAUAAGGCUUGGCAACAAAGAGCCAGAGAACUCUCUGGCCUCUGAUGAAGUAUUGGUUCACUUCAAUGAUUUCUUAAGUCUGCCGUCCUUCCCAGAGGCCUUACAGUACGACCCUCUGACGGGGCAGUUUGAGCUGGUGGAAGGGGCGGCUGACUUUGUCUCCAGAAGGAUCCGAUCUGUCCUGCACAGCAGCAAAUCACAGCUCCUCACUGGAGACCCCACAGCGCCGGCCAGAACCUCUCCAGUGGACAACCGCUACACUGUCCGUUGCCUGGACCGAGAGCAAGGAGUCCAGUGGAUCAUCAAAGAAAGAUUACCUUUUUUUCUUCUCAGUGAUUGCUACUGUGAAUACAGACUAGCCAAGUUGUUGUUUGGGUGGAGCCCAGUCUUGUGUAUCCACAGGAGGAAAGGCGGUUCAGGUGGAACCCCCAUGUCAGCCCCACAGCUGCGUUGUUCAGCCCAAACUGACCAGGAAAACAAAAAAGCUCUUAAGGUCCUAACAUGCUCACAUUCUCAAAAGAACAGUUCAGCAAAAGAAGGGUCAAUGAGGAUGCUCAAUGUUACAUGUCUAUGCUCUGACCACAUGGAACAUCUCAACACAAAAUGCAGUGUAACAUUCAGAUGUUCUGAGCAGGAGAACAUAUGUACGUUUUCUUCUUGUCCCUCCUCUAAUCUUCAAUUUGGGAAAACCCCAAUCCUGCAGGGCACACACACAGAGUUGAGCCUGCACGCUAGAGAGGAGACACUUCUGAAAGAGUCUUCUGAAGUGCAGCUGGAGGAAGUGGCAGCCACAGUGGUUAAACAGACAAGGCGUUGA